AUGGAUCUCAAGUUUGCGACAUUCUCCUCGGAGAUCGAGCUGCCCUUCUACUCGGCCCUCUUCUCGUCCAAACUCGACCAUGACAAGCUUGACUCUUCGGCCCGCCCCGUCUUGGGCUUAUACGAACCUCGGUCGCACGCGAGUCCAGAGGCCAGUACGAGAAUGCAGAUCUUAGGGAGCGCCCUAACAAGCGACCAGGACGAAAGCGGGCCCUUGGGCAUGACGAGAGCCGAAGGCUACAUUAAGAACGUCAACACGAUCGAGGAAUUCAAGAACACGGACAAAAAUGCGAUGAUCAAGAAGGCGGGCGAACAGAUCUGGGACGCCAUUCAAGACGGCACGAUAUACUCCUGCCCAUCGCUACUUGCCUCUUUCCGAAUUCUGUCAUACGCCGACCUGAAGAAGUACAGGUUCACCUACUGGUUCGCAUUUCCAGCCCUACACUCGGAGCCGCAGUGGAAGCGAACGGGGCCGAUUGGCCGAUUGACCUCGGACGAAAGCACUGCUUUGGUCGAGCGCAUCGGAACAUGGCGAUACAUGGUUGACAGGAGAGAGCAUGGAUUCUUCCUCGCAAAGAAAGUGCGUCGCGAGGCCGCAGGCCCAAGAUCCUCACUUGAUGAUCCCGGGGUCGAUAUCGGCUACCGUUGGGAUAUUGGAUCUCUCAGAGACUUCGAGACGGGAUUCUUCAACGACGCGGCGGAAGAGGACAGAUACGUUGCUUUCGUGGACCCAUCCAACUAUCCCGAGUACCCUUCCUGGCCUCUUCGCAAUCUCCUCAUCCUUAUCCGGCAAAGAUACCGCCUCAAUAAGGUCCAGAUUCUUUGCUACCGCGACACGCAGCCUAGGAGGCAUGAAGCGCGGAGCACCAUCCUGCCACUGGCUAUGGACCAAGUUGGCGACGUGGAGUUGAAGUGUAUGCCCAAGGUUACAGGUUGGGAGAGGAACGGUAACGGUGAUCUUAGGCCACGGGUCGCGAAUCUGGCAGAGUACAUGGAUCCCACUCGACUAGCAGAUCAGGCAGUGGACUUGAACUUGAAGCUGAUGAAGUGGCGGCUCGCGCCGAAUCUUGACCUGGACACGAUCAAGAACACGAAAUGCUUGUUGCUGGGCGCAGGGACACUCGGCAGCUAUGUCUCGAGAAACCUGCUAGGGUGGGGAGUUCGCAAGAUCACGUUUAUUGAUUAUGGGAGCGUAUCUUUUUCAAACCCAGUACGGCAGCCUCUCUUCAAGUUUGAAGAUUGUCACAAUGGGGGAAAGCCGAAGGCUGUUCAAGCUGCCGAGGCACUUAGAGAAAUUUAUCCAGGAGUUGAUGUGGAGGGCUACGCACUCUCUGUUCCGAUGCUGGACCACGCGAUCCACAACGAGGCAAAAACCAAAGCAGACUUUGAUAAGCUGAAGGAGUUAAUCGAUUCACACGAUGCGAUCUUCCUCCUCAUGGACACGCGCGAGUCCCGAUGGCUGCCCACACUGAUGGGCAAAGCUGCGAACAAGAUCGUGAUGAAUGCGGCGCUCGGCUUCGACACCUACGUUGUCAUGCGACAUGGUGCGGCGCCGAACGACGGCAGUGAAGAGACCCUUGGAUGUUAUUUCUGCAACGACGUGGUAGUCGCUGCCGAUUCGAUGAAAGACCAAACGCUUGACCAACAAUGCACCGUCACCCGUCCCGGCGUGGCAGCCAUCGCUUCGGCCCUCCUCGUCGAGCUUCUCACCAGCAUCCUGCAACACCCGCUCAAGCAACACGCGCCCGCGCCCGUCUCGACCGGCACCGGCUCUGCCGUCUCGUACGAGCGCGAUCCUCCUGACCAUCCCCUCGGUCUUGUCCCGCACCAGGUCCGCGGUUUCCUAUCCAACUUCCAGAACAUGGUUAUACGCGGCAAGUCGUACCCCCAGUGCAGCGCCUGCAGCAAGCCCAUCCUCGACGCAUACAAGGAGGGCGGAUGGGAGUUUGUCAAGACGGCGCUGGCUAGUCGGGACUACGUAGCUGAGCUGAGUGGGCUAGCUGAGGUGCAACGGUUGGCAGAGAAGGCGGCUGCGGAGAUGCAGUGGAGUGAGGAUGAGGAGGGGAUGGAUGAGGAGGAAGGCGAGGGAGAAUUGAUUUGA